CCUGUCUAUCUUGCUUCAGGUCGCAGGCAGGCACGAGGCAGAACUCCCGCAUCUACAACCCACCUCAACCCGUUCAACAGGCACUAUCGUCAGUGCCGACUUUCCCGCAGCGAUCGAGUUGCUUUCUUUUCCCACCUAAAUUUGUCCUAUCAAACCACCGCCAAGAUGGAUUUCAAGAACAUCGGCAAAAGCUUCACUUCCUUUGGGUCCUCGAUCACCCCUUUCGCUUCCCGUACUUUCCAGUACACCAAGGAGCAGCUUGGCCAGGCCGAGGACAAGACCCAGCUUCCUCCCGACUAUAUUGAUCUCGAGAAGCGCGUCGAUGCCCUCAAGCAGGUCCAUCAGAAGAUGCUGGCUGUGACCUCGCAAUACUCGAACGAGGCCUACGAUUACCCGCCCAACAUCAAGGAGACCUUCCAAGAUCUCGGUCGCACCGUCAGCGAGAAGGUUACUCUUCUUUCGUCCGCUGGUUCCCCGGCCGAGGCCCAGGCAGCCUUGACCGCUCCUCCUUCGGCGAAGCCUCAGCCCAAGACCUUCAACCAUGCCAUUGCCCGGGCCAGUCUGUCAAGCAGCCAGGUCCUUCACCAGCAGCACACCGGUACGGGCGAGGAUCCCUUGGCUACGGCGCUCGAGAAGUAUGCCUUGGCUAUGGAGCGCGUUGGCGAGUCCCGCAUGGCCCAGGACGCUCAGAUCCAGAGCCGCUUUCUUGCCGGUUGGAACACCACCUUGAACACCAACCUCAAGUUCGCUACCCGCGCCCGCCAAAACGUCGAGAAGUCCCGCUUGACUCUCGAUGCCGCCAAGGCCCGCGCCCACGGUACCACUUGGAAGAUGGGCCCCGGCGCAACUCGUCCUGACGAGGGUCAGCCGCAGGAGCUGAGCCCUGAGGCCCAGGAGGAGAUUGAGAAGGCCGAGGACGACUUUGUCACGCAGACUGAGGAGGCCGUUGGUGUCAUGAAGAAUGUUCUGGAUACCCCUGAGCCCCUUCGCAACCUCGCCGACCUGAUUGCUGCUCAGAUCGAGUACCACAAGAAGGCCUAUGAGAUCUUGAGCGAGCUCGCCCCGGUUGUCGAUGGCCUGCAGGUUGAGCAGGAGGCCAGCUACCGCAAGAGCCGUGAGAACGCCUCUUAAGCGGCUGGAAGUGAGCGCCUAUUUUCUUGAUCGCCGCCGCCUUUGCAGUAUCUCAGCUUCAUCAUGCCUAGAUUCGGUUGAUGUGUAGCGAACUGCCAGCAUUCCGCGGGUUGAUGUGCCUGAGGGUUGGGGGAAGCCCGAUUGCUUUCGUUGCAGCCGGUGUGGCUGGGGCCGCGUAUGUUACGCACCAUGCAUCGUUGAGAGACAACUUGUUUCUACUUGAGCCAUGUGUGGCUUUAAGGACUACUUCGAUCCAUUAUCGACGCCCGAGAUUCCCAUGGUAGGGUGUGAGAGCGUCCUGAUUGCGUCGUUCAAGGUUGAUUUUACGACUUCUGAAUAUAGAGUUGUUUUCAUGUUUGACGAGUUCCGAACGACUACCAGCAAUUGCAACUGGCAGUACGGUUUGGCACAAAAUUCAAAUAGCUUGUCCGU